UUAAGAUACUUGCCUGUCUUCGCAUGGUAGCCUGGUUUCGGCCCUCCUGAGCCUCUGGACUCGCAGCGGCUGUCCAAGGCAGCCAGGGGGCCUGUGAGCCGCAGGGAUCCGACCUCCCACGGCCCCGGAGAGACCUUCACUCUCAAGUUGCUGCCUUUGCGGCCUCUGCCACAGCCGCGCGUCCUCAAAGCCCGCGGGAGGAGCUGGAACCUUCCCCGCGUUUCUUUCAGCAGCCCUGAGUCAGAGGCGGGCGGGGCUGGCGUAGCAGUUCAGCCCCGGGGCUCACGACCCGAUCCACGCGAACCUUCUCCCGGCGUCAGCGCGGCGCAGUCCCGCUGAGUCAGCCCGGGCGGGCGGGAGGCUCUCGGCCGGCCGGGAAGGUGCGGGAAGGUUCGCGGCGGCGCGGGCGGGAGGAGGCGCAAGCGGAUAAAAAGCCGGUGGAAGCGAAGCGGAGCAGAUCCGAGCCGGGCCGGCCGGAGAGAAAUCGCGGGGAGAGCCCACGGCGGAGCGCCCUUCGACUGCUGAGCAGCAGCAGCAGCUUCAACCACCUCGAGCAUCCACGAGAAGCUUCAGCCAUGCAGGCCCCACGGGAGCUGGCGGUGGGCAUCGACCUGGGCACCACCUACUCGUGCGUGGGCGUGUUCCAGCAGGGCCGCGUGGAGAUCCUGGCCAACGACCAGGGCAACCGCACCACGCCCAGCUACGUGGCCUUCACUGACACCGAGCGGCUGGUCGGGGAUGCGGCCAAGAGCCAGGCGGCCCUGAACCCUCUCAACACGGUGUUCGACGCUAAGCGGCUGAUCGGGCGCAAGUUCGAGGACGCCACGGUGCAGGCGGACAUGAAGCACUGGCCCUUCCAGGUGGUGAGCGAGGGCUGCAAGCCCAAGGUGCGCGUGUCCUACCGCGGGGAGGACAAGGCGUUCUACCCCGAGGAGAUCUCGUCCAUGGUUCUGAGCAAGAUGAAAGAGACGGCCGAGGCGUACCUGGGCCAGCCCGUGAAGCACGCUGUGAUCACCGUGCCCGCCUACUUCAAUGACUCGCAGCGCCAGGCCACCAAGGACGCGGGCGCCAUCGCGGGGCUCAACGUGCUGCGGAUCAUCAACGAGCCCACGGCGGCCGCCAUCGCCUAUGGGCUUGACCGGCGCGGCGCUGGAGAGCGCAACGUGCUCAUUUUUGACCUGGGCGGGGGCACCUUCGACGUGUCCAUUCUCUCCAUUGACGCCGGUGUCUUUGAGGUGAAAGCCACUGCUGGAGACACCCACCUGGGUGGAGAGGACUUCGACAACCGGCUGGUGAACCACUUCGUGGAAGAAUUCCGGCGGAAGCAUCGGAAGGACCUGAGCGGGAACAAGCGGGCCCUGCGUAGGCUGCGUACAGCCUGUGAGCGCGCCAAGCGCACCCUGUCCUCCAGCACCCAGGCCACCCUGGAGAUUGACUCCCUGUUCGAGGGCGUGGACUUCUACACGUCCAUCACUCGUGCCCGCUUUGAGGAACUGUGCUCAGACCUCUUCCGCAGCACUCUGGAGCCGGUAGAGAAGGCCCUGCGGGAUGCCAAGCUGGACAAGGCCCAGAUCCAUGACGUCGUCCUGGUGGGGGGCUCCACUCGCAUCCCCAGGGUGCAGAAGUUGCUGCAGGACUUCUUCAACGGCAAGGAGCUGAACAAGAGCAUCAACCCUGAUGAGGCUGUGGCCUAUGGGGCUGCUGUGCAGGCGGCCGUGUUGAUGGGGGACAAGUGUGAGAAAGUGCAGGAUCUUCUGCUGCUGGAUGUGGCUCCCCUGUCUCUAGGGCUGGAGACAGCAGGUGGGGUGAUGACUACGCUUAUCCAGAGGAAUGCCACUGUCCCCACCAAACAGACCCAGACUUUCACCACCUACUCGGACAACCAGCCUGGGGUCUUCAUCCAGGUGUAUGAGGGUGAGAGGGCCAUGACCAAGGACAACAACCUGCUGGGGCGCUUUGAACUCAGUGGCAUCCCUCCUGCCCCACGUGGAGUCCCCCAGAUAGAGGUGACCUUUGACAUUGAUGCUAAUGGCAUCCUGAGUGUGACAGCCACUGACAGGAGCACAGGUAAGGCUAACAAGAUCACCAUCACCAAUGACAAGGGCCGGCUGAGCAAGGAAGAGGUGGAGAGGAUGGUUCGUGAGGCCGAGCAAUACAAGGCUGAGGAUGAGGCCCAGAGGGACAGAGUGGCUGCCAAAAACUCGUUGGAGGCCCAUGUCUUCCAUGUGAAAGGCUCUUUGCAAGAGGAAAGCCUUAGGGACAAGAUUCCCAAAGAGGACAGGUGCAAAGUGCAAGACAAGUGUCAGGAAGUCCUUGCCUGGCUGGAGCACAACCAGCUGGCAGAGAAGGAGGAGUAUGAGCAUCAGAAGACAGAGCUGGAGCAAAUCUGUCGCCCCAUCUUCUCCAGGCUCUAUGGGGGGCCUAGUGUCCCUGGGGGCAGCAGUUGUGGAGCUCAAGCCCGCCAGGGGGACCCCAGCAACGGCCCCAUCAUUGAGGAGGUUGAUUGAAUGGCCCUUUGUGAUAAGUCAGCUGUGACUGUAAGGGCUAUGCUGUGGGCCUUCUAGACUGUUUCUAUGAUCCUGCCCUUCAGAGAUGAAGGGCUGGGGAAUCUUCCCGGCAAAGCUAGAGCUUUCUUCUCAGGAUGUUUCAUAACUGAAGUCUUUUGACUUUUCGGUGAGAGAAGGGUUCAUCCUCUUCUGCUUCAAAUUAAAAGUCGUUAAUGUAUUAACAUUUGUGUGGCACUUUAACAUUGCGUUUGCCUAUAUUUUGUGUAUUUUGUUACUUGCAUGUAUGAAUUUUGUUAUGUGAAAUAUAGUUAUAGACCUAAAUAAACUUUUAAAACUC